CACAGUAAAUAAACAUGGCGCACUCCAUGCCGCUGGAAAAUUUCGAUGACCCUUCGCUAGAGGACGAUUAUUAUGCUAUACUUAAUUUGGGCAAAAAUGCAACUACUGAAGAUAUUACAAAUUCCUAUAGAUGCCUCAGCAAGCUUUAUCAUCCUGAUAAGCAUUUAGAUCCAAUUAAAAAAAAGAAUGCUGAAAUUCUUUUUAAUAAAACAAAAACAGCAUAUGAAGUCCUGAGUGACCCACAUCAGCGUGCCAUAUAUGAUACACUAGGUCUAAAAGGUUUAGAAACAGAAGGAUGGCAGAUAGUCCAGAGGACAAAGACUCCUCAAGAAAUCAGAGAAGAAUAUGAGCAGCUACUCAAAGAAAGAGAAGAAAGAAGACUACAACAAAGAACAAAUCCGAAAGGUACCAUAAGUGUAGGUGUUAAUGCAACAGAUCUGUUUGAAACCUAUGAUAUAGAUACUGGUUUUCCAGCUGUUGAAAUUAGUUCUAUGUCAAUAUCUCAGUCUGUUGAAGCUCCCAUAAGUGUUAAAGACACUUUAUCUUUGAGUGGUAAUCUUAAUACACAGAAUGGUACAGGCAGUGGAAAUAUAGCUUGUUCUUGGAAAAAUGUUUUUUCAGCUAGUAGCUGGAUGGAGUGUGGAAUUGGUGCUGGUAAUGGUCUUCUACUUUCAGUCAAAGGUUACCGCACUUUUACAAAAUUAUGUUUUGGUACUCUUCAGACAACUUUCCAGUUUACAAGUUUAGGGAUAGCUCCUGGCCUAGAAUUAAUGAUGGCUCGUCAGCUGGACAAACAUACUGCUGGCUAUUUAACAUGGAAAGCUGGAACUGCUUCCUCUGUAAAUACAAUGAUUGUGCAUGAUUCUGAAAAAGGCCAUUUUGUUGGUGGAUUACAGGUUGGAAAGCGAGGAAGUUUCAUUACACUCAGCUAUUCAAGAAAACUUGAAGAUGAAAGUAGAGCAAAAUGUGCUAUUAAAUUUGGAGUUUUUGGUGCUAUUUUAGAAUAUGGUUGUGAUAAAAAAAUCUCACAGCGUAGCACUGUAGGUGCUGCAGUGGUGGUAGGUGUGCCUUCAGGUGUCAGCCUAAAGUUAAAAUUAGUUAGAGCAAACCAAACGUACCUUUUCCCUAUCUUAUUGUCUGAAGAUAUAGUUCCAAGUGCUGUAUUUUAUGCUACAGUAACUCCAGUUUUAGGCUGGUUUGUUAUGAAAAAAUUUGUAAUUGAUCCAUACCAUGAGAGGCAAAAGAAAAAAGAGGCAGAAAAGUCAAAGGAAGCUAAUGCACAGAAAAUGGAAGAGAGGAAGAGAGAAGCAGAAAUAGCAGUAUCACUUAUGGAAGAAACCUAUAAAAGAAUCAGAGCUCAAGAAGAAGCUAAAAAUGGUUUAAUUAUUUUACAAGCUAUUUAUGGAAAUAGUGAAGAAAUAUCAAAUCUUGAACCAGAUCAUAUAGAAUCAAAAAAGAAUAUUUUAGAUGCUACAGUCCAGUUACAGUGUUUAGUUAAAGACUCUAGGUUAACUCUUCCAGACAGAUCUAAGAGUAAUCUGCCUGGAUUUUAUGACCCUUGCUUGGGUGAAGAGAAAUGCUUACGUGUGGAUUAUAUGUACAGAAAACUAACUCAUUCCAUAACUAUAGGAGAUAAUGAAAUGCUUAGGAUACCAAGAAAUUAGUUUUAGAAAUUGGAAUAUUUAAAGCCUGAAAUUUGUCAGAGUUUUAAAUAUAUCUAAAGAAAGAAAACUGAGUGAACACUACUUUGUGUAGAUUUCUAUCUAGUGGCAUCAUUUUCACAUGCUAUAAAUAGAUCAUAAUAAAUUUUGUUUUAUUGUAAUGUUUCAUAAAAAAUAUACAUUAUUUUCUUCUGAAA